AUGGAUUUCAAGACUUGGGAAUACACCGAAACAGAUAUCCUCAAGGGAUUAGUCGAUGUUCAUUGUCAUCCGAAUUUAGGGUAUGGUGGUACCAAUCCGAAAAAAGUGAUUGAUGAAAUCAAUCGAUUGCAAGUUAACAAAAUAUGUGUGAUGUCAUCGAAUCUAGAAUCUCAAGUGAUCAUUGAAGAGAUUUAUAAAAGUUGUUCAUCAAAAGUUAAACCGGCAUUUGGAUUACAUCCAUGGUUUUCACAUCAAGUUUGUUUUACAGCUGAUCAACUGGAAUCAGAUGGAUUUCCUUUGAUGCUAGAGAAUGGUCAAGAUCAAUCGAUGAUAGAGUCUCAUUUACCGAAACCCAUCGAUUUUAAUCAGUUUUUGAACGAAUUGAAAGAUAGACUUGUUUCUAUACCUGAUAGUAUGUUAGGCGAAGUUGGAUUAGAUAAAUCGUUCAAAGUUCAUAUUCCAAAUGCAACUCAAAGUCAAGCUACAAAUCAGAAUCAGGGGAUCAAUCAGAAUCAAGGGACUGAUCAAAAUCAAAAAGAUGAAAUGAAUUUGAUUAAAUCUAAAGUCAAGAUUGAACAUCAAAUCAAAGUUUUAGAAGCACAACUCGAACUGGCCAUCUCAUUAGGAAAACCAAUCAGUUUACAUGGUGUAAAGGCCAUAGAAGAAAUGAUUCAAGUCUUUAAUCGAUUAAAAAGAAGACAUCCGGUUUCAAAUCAGAUCAAAAUCAAUUGGCAUUCACCUUACAUAUCAACUGGAAGUUUGAAAACUUUAAUCAAAAAUUAUUCUACAUUUUUAUAUUUUUCUUUUUCGAUCAGAUUAUAUAAAACUGAACUUGAAUUAAAGAGAUUGAAUGAAUUGAUUGCAUUGACUCCUAAGGAUAAGAUAAUGAUUGAAACUGAUUGGGAAUCAGAACCGAAUUUGAUUGAUGAGAAGUUAAUUGAGAUUCUAAAGGUGAUCUGUAAAGUUAAAAGUUGGACUUUCCUUGAAGCUUUACGUCAACUGAAAUCAAAUUGGGAUGACUUCUCUUCAUAA